AUGGAACUCGCAGUGGCGUGUACAAAUGGACGGAACGCUUUGAAAAAUCCCACGCCGGAGUUGAAUCUCCACAGCACGCGCUUUAAGUACGUUGUGAACACAGCUCGUUGGCAUCCUAACGGGAACAGAUUGUUACUCCACCAGCUGUUUGAAUCGGAACAAGACCCUCGAACUAAGCUGCUUAAGCGUCCGAUGCCGACGGUCAAUGGGAGGAAUCAGAGCUCGACCCGGCAACGCGCCAUUUGUGUCUUCCCGCGCGCGCGGACCGGCAACAAUGAACCCGGCUGCCCCACAAUGCCGUCACGCAUGGGCCGCUUU